ACUGUGUGAGUCAGCGCCCCCUGGUUCUCUCACUUCCCUCUCUCUCUGUGUAGCGGAUCAGCGCUGUUAGCAGGUCUGUGUUUAACCUGCUCCACACUUAGCUUAUCAAUAUCUACCUCCAGUUAUUCCCCAUUCUCCAGCUCCACACAGAGCGGUGAUCUCUGAAACACAGCGGGGGAGACUCUCCUCCGGGUGGAGCCGGAUGGCUGAAGCCUCGGUUACAGACACUGACGAUUUGAGAGCGUCGUCUGCAGCAUCAGCAUCUGGGUUUGCAGCAGGAAAACCCAACCAGCAACCUUCCAGGAGAGGCCGGCCAAGGCCAGAUCGCAGUCGUAAGUGGGGGGGUUCUGACAGACCCCAUCCAAGGUCGGGAUACACUAAUCAAGCAGGUCAUGCCAAAGAAAACACCUAUGAAUCACAUGACAGUUCUGCUGUACCACCUGACAACGCUUCUACCAGGCAUCAGAUAAGAGGAGGGAGGGGAAGAGGAGGACGAGGAGGCGACAGCAGCCGCAAUAAUGAUCGUUGGACCCAGGGACCGAGGUGGUUAAAGGCUGGAACUGAUGAUGGCCCCUCAGGACGGGAUCAUGGGCAAAACUGGGGCCAAAGACCCAAUAUUCCACCUCCUUUUAGGUCUACAGAAGUGGAGAAUCAACAAAGACUUCCUGGAGGACCCUACUUGGAAGAAGGCCAAGGUGACCCAAGAGACACAUGGCCAAAAAGGUCCAGGAGAGGAAGGGGUGAAAGGGUACGGGGGGCAUUACCCAGAAACACAGUGACAAAUCCUGAGAAUUUUGCAGAAGCUGAAGAUUUUGUGGUCAAUGAUGCAUCUAUUGAAAAUCUAGAAACUGGGCAGGAGAAGAGGAAUCAGAAAGGAUGGAGAGGAGGAGGUGCAGGUGUAGGAGCAGGAGCAGCAGGAGGAGGUGGAGCAGGAGCAGGAGGAGGGGGGAGGCAGCCAAACCCCAGGAAGAAAGGCCCUGCCUUCCACCCCAGUGACCACAGCAACUGGAGAGAAAGAGAGCCAACCCAAGUUGAAGUACAGGAUGGAGAACAGAGAGGAGAAGAAGAAAACAGAGGAGGCAAAAAUGAAGCUAAUCGUAGAGGUGGGAAUGGAAGAGAUCAAGGGAAAAGACCACGAGUACAAGAACAAGUACAGAAACGCACAGAAAGAAGGACUGGGCCAGUUAAACGAGUGGAGGUCCCCAAAAGCAAGGAGACUCAGACAGGCUGUCUGAUCGAGCAGCUGUCGGAGGAAAAGUAUGAGUGCAUGGUCUGCUGCGACGUGAUUCGUGUUAUGGCGCCGGUGUGGAGCUGUCAGAGCUGUUUCCACGUCUUCCACCUGAACUGCAUCAAGAAAUGGGCUCGCUCACCAGCCUCUCAGGCUGAUGACAGUGGUGAGGGCUGGCGUUGUCCUGCUUGCCAAAACGUGGCACCCAAGGCCCCGACUUCUUAUAUUUGCUUCUGUGGAAAGAUGACCAAUCCAGAAUAUCACCGAAGUGAGAUUCCCCACAGUUGUGGAGAUAUGUGUGGGAAGAAAAGGACUGGAGGAAACUGCAAUCAUCCUUGCAACAUCUUAUGUCAUCCAGGCCCCUGUCCACAGUGUCCAGCAUUCGUCACUAAAUCAUGCAUCUGUGGGAGAACAAGUAAGCAGGUACGCUGCAGUCAAGCAGAAUCUCUGCGCUGUGAGCAAGUGUGUGGUGCUUUGCUGAACUGUGCAGAACAUCCCUGCACCCAGAUUUGUCACCAAGGUGUUUGCCAACCCUGCCAGCUCCUUGUGCAGCAAGUGUGUUACUGUGGAGUGGUGCACAGGGAGGUGCCUUGUGGGACUGAUCGGGACCGCUUUGAUGGCAUUGGACAUUUCUCUUGCAAUAAGCCAUGUGGAAAGAUGCUGGAGUGCCAGGUCCACCGUUGUCAGCAAACAUGCCACACUGGCCAGUGCCAGCCAUGCCCUCUCUCGCCCAAGCUGGUACGCAGCUGUCCCUGUGGGCAGACGGCCCUGGCCAAGCUGUUGGAACUUGGCUACCCAGAGAGACGGAGCUGCACUGACCCCAUUCCCUCCUGUGGCAAAAUCUGCAGAAAGCCACUGCCCUGCGGCGACGCUGAUACAAUUCAUCUGUGUGAUAAGCUUUGCCACGAGGACAGCUGUGGCCCGUGCGCUCUCACCUCCACUAUUAAAUGCAGAUGUGGCAGCAAGACUAAGGAGGUUCCGUGUGCUGUAAUUCAGAGAGAAGAAGAGCUGAUGUUUACCUGUGAGAGACGCUGCACUAAGAAGCGCUCCUGUGGCCGGCACAAGUGUGGAGAGAUGUGCUGUGUGGAUAUUGAGCAUAAAUGCUCAAAGAUUUGUGGAUACAAACUCAACUGUGGUCUACACCGCUGCCAGGAACUUUGUCACCGUGGAAACUGCCAUACCUGCUGGCAAACCAGUUUUGAUGAGCUGUCCUGCUACUGUGGAGAAACUGUGAUGUUUCCACCUGUUCCCUGUGGCACCAAACCACCGGAGUGCAAGAAGCCCUGCACCCGACAGCACGACUGCGAUCACCCAGUUUUCCACUCCUGUCACAGUGAGGAUCGAUGUCCUCCCUGUACCUACCUCACCAAGAAGUGGUGCAUGGGCAACCAUGAGCAAAGAAGCAACAUCCCAUGCCACCUCCAGGACAUUUCAUGUGGGUUGGUGUGUAAUAAGCCUCUGCCCAGUUGCUCCCAUCGCUGUAAGAAGAUCUGUCAUCGUGGGGAGUGUGAUGCAGAAGGCGAGUGUAAACAGCCCUGUUCUCACCCCAGGCCUGAAUGUGGGCAUCCCUGUAGUGCCCCAUGCCACCCUGGCACCCCCUGCCCACGCAACACCUGCCCUGCCAAGGUGUCCAUGCAGUGUGAAUGUGGCCGCAGGAAAGAGACCAUGCCCUGCACAGAGGCGGCCAAUUCUCAGCAGAGAUUUGCUGCUAUCUCUGUGGCGAGUAAGCUGUCAGACAUGCAGCUGGGAGAGUCUGUCGAUAUCGGGCUGAUGACUAAGAAGGAGCAAAAGCAGGCCAGAUUGGAAUGUGAUCAAGAAUGUGCAACUCUGGAGAGAAAUCGGCGUCUGGCUGAAGCGCUGCAGAUUGAUCAGUCAGCUGAUCCAUUUAACAGCAAAACUUCCACAUGCAAGUUCAGUGACUCUCUCAAAGAUGAUGCAAGAAGACAGUUUAAAUUUGUCAAUGAUGUGGAGGAGGAGAUCAAAAAUCUGGUGGAACUUGCAAACAAGGGCAAACAGACGAAGAGGAGUCACUGUUUUCCUCCCAUGAAGCGCGAGCACCGGAGAAUCGUCCAUGAACUGGCUGAGGUUUAUGGUGUGGAGAGCAUGAGCUAUGAUAGUGAACCCAAACGCAACGUGGUCAUCACAGCCACCAGGGGGAAGUCUGCGUGUCCCAACGUCACUCUGAUUGCCUUGAUUGAGAGAGAGACUGCUGGCAGGGCUCCUCCACCCAUUGCUCAUAUCAAACAGUACAACAGCAGGGGUGACGGUGCAUGGCCAAGGCACGGAAGAGAAAGUCCUAUUGAUUAUUUUGAUGUUCAGGAUUGAUUAAAGCUGAUGUACUCAUCACUGAAACCAGAUUAAAUAAAACUAGUCACUUGGUGAAUUGGAACUCAGAAA